GUUCAAACUUUGUCGAGCAGAAAUAGCAAUGCCUCUGACGAAAGAGAAUGAAUCAAAGAUACUGAAAAACUUUGAAACCAUCAUAAAUGAACUGGUAAUUGUUGAUAUAGUAGAUCAUAUGAUUACUAAAGGAAUUUUUACCAUACCUAAUUCGGAAACAAUAAAUUCAAAACCUACACAAAAAGAAAAGAACAGAGCAUUUGUAACCAUCCUCAUUCAAGGUAAACCAGCAGGGUAUAAAGAAUUUAUCAGUUCGUUACGUAAAGAUGAAAAAGCAUAUGACUCUAUUGCAGACCAAAUAGAGAAUACAGUUAUACAAGAAGAUGAAGAUGUAGAUGAAACAAUUGGGGAGUGGAUUGCAAACCGAAUGCCACCAGGAAAAGAAAACCAAUAUUUACAAGAUGUUCACCUUUUGUACUUCAGUAAAGCAAUAGCCCCAGCACAUUUAUUUACGUUCGGAAUAUAUCUAGGAUUUGGACAAGCAGAUGUCGAUAGCAUACAAUAUAAACAUCCUCGGGCUUCAGAACCUGCAUGUCAUGAUCUGCUUGUUAAAUGGAGGAAUAAGUAUGGACAUGGUGCAACUGUUACACGGCUAAUGGAUGUUUUUUUCGCUGCACAUCAGAAUGUACCUAAUUCUAUUUACGAAAACCUAAUUUGGGACGCUCUUAAAAAAAUAAAAGAGGUAAAAAUAUAAAGAAUCAAUAAAGGAUUCAAUAAUGCAGCAAAAUGCGGGAAGGCCAUUAAAAUGUAGAAGGUUACAAUACUUCGGGUACUUAGAUUAAUACUCAUGUUUGCCUUCCAGUUCUCUUUGUGUUUUUCUUGUAACAAAAUGAAUGAAAUUCAAUCUGUAAAUAGUCGUAUGUAUGUAAAUGCAAUAGUAGAAGAGUAGCGAGAAAAGCACCCUUGUUAAUAAAUAAUUCACUUCAAGAGUGUGCAAAUAAGAUAAAAAUCAAAUCAUUUUAUUGGUGUUAACAACAAAUAUUGGGUAGUUACCAAGAAAAACAUGACCAUAUUUACAAACAUACAUUAUUUAAAUUUAAUGAGGCUCGUGGGUAAAAAAAUUUCAGAACAAAAUCAAAUCUUUAUUCUUUCAUUACACAUUUUAUUUAUUACACUAAUAGUUAUUACUUUAAAAUAUGGUACAAAAAUCAACCCCAAAAAACGAUUCGAUUUGGCCCCGAACGACUUUUAAAAUGUUUAUUGCAUUGAAAAACCUCCAAAUUAUCUUCCUUUGGUGCAAAAAUGCAUUUUUUUUUCGGCAUUAUAUUUUAAAUAUCUAUUUAAGGGCAUACGAUACAGUUACAGGGAAGGUAAUGACGUUGCUAACGUAAUAUGUUAUUUUCGCGACGUCAAACUGUGACAUAUUGGGAAAAGAUGCAUUUUUCGACUGAUUUUAAUCAUUCAAACUGUUUUAAUUUGAAAACGAGUUCAUGGACCCCUAUUUUUCAAAACGUCUAUUUGUUUCAUUUUGUAGGGAGAUUAUAUGACCCAAAUUUUAUAAAACUGUAAAUAGAGGAUUUUUUUUUAAUUUUGAUAAACAUGCAGUAAAAAAUGACGUUUUUUCCUCAAUUCAUGAGUUAUUUCUAAAUCAAAUGUUGCAUAUUUUUUUAGGAUACUUAUAAAAUACAGAAAUUAUCGAUUAUUUAACAAAAAACAAUUUGUGUUUAUCUUUUAUAACAAAAAAGUUAUGUCUUUCUUUCGAAAAAGAAUUACGGACACAAAUCUGAAUUUUGAACAAAUAUACAAAAUUUCGACCUCAUUUUACUCAAAAAGUAGCAUAUGAAGGUAUAUUUUUUAUAACAUUUUUGAUUUAAUCAGGUAAAAAAUAGCCUAUAUGCAAAUUUUCACGAACUUGUAAAUACAGGAUCAAAACUGUAUCGUAUGCCUUUAAACUCAUCGGUGACCUAUAUUUUUUAUUAUUGUUUUCAAAUAAGCUGUACAUAAACUAAAUAAUUUAAGCGAUUUCUGUAAUUAAGAUAUUUUUUUUAUUUCGAUAUUACCUCUAUUUUUUCCUAUUAGCUCAACAGAAAAAAAUGACAUUAACAAAAAUGAAUGCUUCUUCCGGAGGCAGAUUGUGAGCUUAAAUGAAUGGUGACCCCAUUUUUUUAUUUCAUUUUUCUUUUAAGUAUAUGAUAAAGUUUAUUUGUAAAAAAUAUACCGAAAUCCUAUAUUAGAAAAAAAUGGAUUUAUACCCAGGACUUAAGCCACAUUCAUAUCAUUUAUGUAUCUCGUAUAUUUAGAUAUUUUGGUGGAAAUACUAAUUUUGCAAAUAUGAGAGUAAAAGUGCAAUAUUUGUAAUGAAGUGUUAUUAAAUAUAACAUAACAAAUAUACAAAAUAAGCACAAAUGCCUAUUACAUUAAAUGAUUAGUUUUCUUGUCUGUUAGGCUAUUUCUUGGUACAUAUAAAUCAUAAACAAUAAUUUUAGUUUUGUCAUACUCAUUAAAUGUAAACAUAGAAUUAAUUUUAAUUUUUCCUCAUAAGACAUUUUGUAAAAAAAGAUUAACCUAAACUCUCUAACUCGUUUAAAAAAAAAUUGGCUACGUUUUUUCUGUGAUAUUUAUCUCCAGUCCUAUUUUUACAGAGGGAAUAUAAUGUUUUUUUCAGAGGUUAUUUACGGUGUCUUCGAUGUUCAUUAUUUAGAUUACUAUUACUUAAUCUGAUCUUAAUUAGCUAUCAUGUAUCUAUCUAAAUCUAUUAA